UGGAUGCUGCUCUUCUUCUAAUCGCAGGAAAUGAAACAUGCCCUCAGCUGCAGACAUUAGAGCACCUAGCCGCGGUUGAAAUCAUGAAGCUGGAAAACAUCAUUAUUUUACAGAACAAGGUCGACUUGAUCAAGGAAGCCCAGGCUCUUGAGCACCAAAAAUCAAUCGCUGCAUUCGUAAAGGGCACAGUAGCCGAGUCGUCUCCCAUAGUUCCGAUAUCUGCGCAGCUCAAGUAUAACAUCGACGCUGUCAACGAAUACAUUGUAAAGCGUAUACCUAUCCCAGUCCGCGACUUUACUUCCGAUCUCCGUCUCAUCGUUAUUUGUUCAUUCGAUGUCAACAAACCUGGUGCCGAGGUCGAUGAGCUCAAAGGGGGUGUUGCCGGUGGUUCUAUCCUCACAGAAGUUCUAAGGCUAGGGCAAGAAGUCGAGAUUCGUCCGGGAACUGUGACGAAAGACACUCAAGGCUGGAACCGCUGCGAACCGAUUUUCAGCAAGAUCGUGUUUCUGCAGGCGGGGAACAAUCACUUGCAAUUUGCAGUUCCGGGAGGGUUGAUUGGUGUUGUGAUUAAGAUCGAUCCUACGCUAUACAGAGCGGAUCGUCUUGUUGGUCAAGUGUUGGGUGCGGUCGGGAAGCUGCCGAAGGUCUACACCUCGGGACCUAACGAGAAUUCAGAGCUUGAAAUCAGUCUAUUCCUCUUGCGCCGUUUGCUGGGUGUUCGGACAGAGGACAAGAAACAAACCAAAGUCUCGAAACUCGCUAAGAACGAGCUCCUCCUUAUUAACAUUGGUUCAACAUCGACUGGUAGACGGGUAUUGAGCGUGAAAGGGGAUCUCGCGAAAAUUCAGUUGACUUCACCGGCAUGCACCGAGGUUGGAGAGAAGGUCGUGCUUUCGAGACGUAUCGAGAAGCAUUGGCGACUUGCAGGCAAGUGUUUUCGUCGACUCAGUAGACUCAUUUGCUGACUUGCCGUCAGGUUGGGGAAGUGUACAGCGCGGAACGGUGUUAGAGUUGGACUGAUUCGCUACCCACAUUCUUACACUUAAUGUGACCGGAGCCAAU